CAACAAAGCCCAAGAGGAAAGCGGCAGUGGGAGGGGCACAUGCAACCAAGAAAGUGUCUUCGCUGGUUAACAAGUGGAAAGCAGCCAAGGAAGAACUAGACGAGGAGAGGAUGAGGCGCGAGCAGGAAGAGGAGGAGAGGGAGCGGGCGUUAUAUGAUGGGGAGGUGAUUGGGAAGAAGCGGCAGAAGAAAAUCGAGGAGUGGAAGCAGCAGCAGUUGCAGACAGGCGAGGCCGAGGAGAACGCCAACUUCCAACCACUCGCAGUCGAUUGGCAAGGUGCAUAUCCCUGCCCCUCCCUUCCCAUCAAGGCAAGGUGCCUAUCCCUGCCCCUCCCUUCCCAUCAAGGCAAGGUGCCUAUCCCUGCCCCUCCCUUCCCACCAAAACAGGCGAGAGCAAGUGGAGAGGGCAAGAGGGGCGAGUCAGGCUCAGGCUGA